CAAAGAGAAUUUCGACCUCGAAAAUAAAAGGAACCUGGGAAACUUUGUCCCGUCCCGCAACACCACAGACUACCGUAUCAACACCCUUGUCGAUCCCGCGGCAAGAGGCAUCCAUUCUGAACCACCGCCCUCCAUAUCACACGUCUCCGUCCAAUUUUUCACCGGCCGACAGAGAUACCAACCAUGGCGGAAUAUACGGCGGGCACGUCGCCCCUCGUCGACUUGAUCAAUUCGCUGCCCGAUUCCGACGCCGCAUGGGGGCCCACCAUCACCACCGAGACCACCCUCAAUGGCGUCCCCUACGCCCCCUUCUCCAAGAGCGACAAGCUAGGCCGCAUGGCCGACUGGACCGACGCCAAGGAUGGCAGGGACGGCCGUGGCAGGCAACAAUACAACAGGAAUUACCGUGACCAGCAAGUCUACGGUGCCGGCUCUGCCUCUCUCUUUGCGCCCCCCGUGGCCGAGGACGAGGCCUCUUUCUCCGUCGUCUCGAACGUUCGCGACACCGGCAAGACCCGCUUCGGGCGGGGCGCCAUCUUCACCCGCGGUCGGGGCCAGCGCGGCCGCGGCGGCCAGGACACCAGGGGCGGUGGUCGCCAGCAGUUCCAGCGCGGCGGGCGCGGCGGCCAGCAAUACGGCGGCGGCGGCUAUAGCGACCGUGGCGGGCGGGGUGGCGGCGCUCGCGGGCGUCGCUUUGGCUGGAAGGAUUACGAUAAGCCGCAGCGCAACCGCGACGCCUCGGUCAAUAUCAGGGCCGACUGGAAGCUCAUUGAGGAGAUCGACUACAACCGCCUCAGCAAGCUCAACCUGGACACCGACGAGGGUGAGGAUGUUGAUAGCUACGGCUUCCUAUACUACUACGACCGGUCGUACGACAAGCCGCCCGUCAAGAGCGCCGAGCGCAAGCUGGCUGUUAUGGACCGCGCCGUGUACAACGUGACGACCUCGUCGGAUCCCAUCAUCCAGGAGCUCGCCGAGAAGGACGAGGCCACCAUCUUCGCCACCGACAGCAUCCUGUCCAUGCUCAUGUGCGCCCCGCGGUCCAUGUACCCCUGGGACAUCGUCAUCGUCCGUCAGGGCAACAAGGUGUUCCUCGACAAGCGCGACAACGCCGCGCUCGACAUGGUCACCGUCAACGAGAACGCUGCUGACGCGCCUCUCGAGGCGUCCGAGGGCUCUAAGGAUGUCAUCAACCAGCCUGGCGCGCUCGCCGAGGAGGCUACUUACAUCAACCACAACUUCGUCAACCAGGUUGUGCUCGAGAGCUCGAACCAAAAGGUCGACAUGGCGAACGAGAACCCCUUCUACAGCGCCUCCGAGGAGACGGAGCCGCCCGCUUCCAAGGCCUACAAGUACAGGCGGUUCGACCUUUCUACCAGCGAGGAGAGCCCCACGUACCUGGUUGUCCGCACGGAGCUGGACGCCGUCCAGAAGAACCCGACCAGCGGCGAGGACCAGUUCGUCACGGUCCACGCGCUCAACGAGUUCGACAGCAAGGCCCAGGGCAGCGGAGGCGCGCUCGACUGGCGCACCAAGCUGGUGUCGCAACGCGGUGCCGUUGUUGCCACCGAGAUGAAGAACAACAGCUGCAAGCUGGCGCGCUGGACCGUGCAGAGUAUCCUGGCCAAGGCCGAUGUCAUGAAGCUUGGCUUCGUCUCCCGUGUGACGCCCAAGGUGAACGACAAGCACGUGAUUCUCGGCUGCAUCGGCUGGAAGCCCAAGGACUUUGCGAACCAGAUGAACCUGCAGCUGUCCAACGGCUGGGGUAUCGUGCGCACCAUCGCCGACAUGUGCCUGCAGCGCGAGGAGGGCAAGUACGUGCUCGUCAAGGACCCCAACAAGAACAUCCUGCGCCUGUACGAGGUCCCCACCGACGGGAUGGAUGAUGACGACGAGGGGCCGGAGCCCGAGAAAAUGGCGCCGUCCGCGAAAUCAAAGCUCUCCCAAACCCGACUAAAAACUCCACAAAAGCCUGCUUCUUCAAGAAGCACAGGGCCGUUGUCAUUACCUUCUGCGACAAAGGCGGCGAAGUUGAAAGCGAAAUCGAAGCCCAAUCAGAGUAUUCUGAGCUUCUUUAAGAAGGCGCCGGCGCAGGAAGAGGGGCUUUUUAUCGGUGGAGGAGAGGAGGGGGUAGUAGAGGAGAGGGUGCAAAAGGAGGUGCAGGAGACGGAGGAAGUAAAAGAGGAGGAAAAUGGGGGUGAUGAUCUAUACGAGGCGAACCCGUCUCAUGCGGAUUGCGAAGUGGACGGUAAGGGGGACGACGAUGUGAGGUACAAUGAGGUCAAGGCGCCUGUCAAGAGGCGGCGGUUGAGUCCUGCCUCGGAGGGAGGGUCCCGAACGGAAUCGCCAGCAUACGUCAAGGGAACGCGCCCAAUAGCGAACUCGAAAUCGGGCCCGACGGUCGCGCCGAAAAGGAAGGCGGGCAAUCCGUUCCUGGACGAUUCUUCCGACGAAGCGGACGGUGACGACGACGACAAGGAGAACGAGCCGGUUUCGGCGAUACCAAGGGUGAGAUCGCCACAGCCUGUGUUUGAUGAUUCCAAUGGGGGAGACCGAGACACUGGACCGGCGAAGCUUACCAACGAGACGACCAUUUCCAGGAUGCCACCACUUUUGAGGCAGCAGACCUCGGGCGCGGAUCUAGGGGAUGACGAUGACCAGGCCGGCGAAGCGGAGAAUGGCGAUCCAGAUCACGGCGAUGCCGACCCAUUCGCGGACGAGGAGUUCACCGGCGAAGAACUUCGGGCGAUGCGAUACAUGGAAGAGCAGGCACGGCUAGAAGCGGAGGAGGGAGGUGAAGAAUACGAAGUGAACGAUUUCACUGACGACGGGACGAUGACGGAGUCCUGUCCAGUCUGCAACGGCAGUCUCGCGGGCGCGACGCCAGAUCAGGCGACUGCGCAUGUCAAUUCCUGUCUGGACGGUAACCCAACCCCCUUGCCGAAGCCGACCGGGGAAAUUGUCGAGACGGAGGGUGCGACCGUGGGUAAGCGGUUUGCUAAAGCUGCUGUUGCGCGGCCGGGGCAAGCGAAUCCUAUUAGCCUGGGGGCCGAGACUAGGGAGAUGCCGUCAAACUCGGCGUUUACGAAGCUCAUGUCCAGUCACGCCGAGGAUGCUGCUUGGUCGACGGCUGCCGCGGCGGAGACUGCUGCUAGGGGAAUGCCCGCGUACAAGCGGACUUGCCCGUUUUACAAGAUCAUGCCUGGCUUUUCUAUCUGCGUGGAUGCUUUUCGUUAUGGCGCCGUGGAAGGCUGCCAAGCGUAUUUCCUGAGCCACUUCCACAGCGAUCAUUACAUUGGCUUAACCGCCAACUGGACGCAUGGCCCGAUCUACUGCAGCAAAGUCACCGGGUCGCUUGUCAAGUCGCAGCUCAAGACGGCGGCCAAGUACGUCGUUGAAUUAGAGUUUGAGGAGACAGUGCCGGUCCCGGACACCAACGGAGUCACGGUCACCAUGAUUCCGGCAAACCACUGCCCUGGGAGUUCACUCUUCCUCUUCGAGAAAACAACUGGUGGAAGAACGCAACGAGUCCUCCAUUGUGGAGAUUUCCGGGCAUGCCCUGCACAUAUCGAACACCCGAAGCUGCGGCCCGAGACGGUUGAUGCCAUAUCCGGUCGGACAAAGCAGCAGAAGAUAGACGUGUGCUAUCUCGACACCACAUACCUUAACCCGCGCUACUCCUUCCCCCCGCAAAACGACGUGAUAAACGCCUGCGCCGAGCUCUGCUCCCUCCUCAACAAAAGCCUCCUCGCCAACGACGACCGCGAGUGGGAAACCCUCCUGCGUCGGCAACGAGGCGGCGCCUCUGCCAACAAUAAAGAUGUCAGCAAGUUCUUCACUGCCACCUCCUCCACAUCCACCAAGCCUUCCCCUCCCCCACCAAACAACGCCUUUGCGGCCCUCAACGGCCGCCGCCACAACCCCAACCGCCUCCUUGUAGUCUGCGGCACCUACAGCAUCGGCAAAGAACGCAUCUGCGUCGCCAUCGCGCAGGCCCUUCAAACAAAGAUCUUCGCCACGCCCGCCAAGAUCCGCAUGUGCAAGCAGCUCGACGACCCAGAGCUCACCUCGCUCCUCACCUCCAACCCAACCGAAGCCCAAGUCCACAUGCAGAUGCUCAUGGAGCUCCGCGCCGAGACGCUAGCCGAGUAUCUCGAGGGCUACAAAGCGCGCGGCGAGUUCGGCCGCAUCAUCGGCUUCCGCCCAUCCGGCUGGAACUACCGACCCCCACCCCCCUCCUCCACCACCAGCAGCAGCACCACCACCACCACCACCAGCAUAAACGCCAACCUCCCCCCGGGCUCCCUGCCCACCGCGCAACUCCUGCACGGGCCCGGUUGGCGGACCCGCUUCGCGGCGCGCGACCUGGUCCCGCAGCGCGGCGGCACCGCCGAGGCGCUGUGCUUCGGCGCGCCCUACAGCGAGCACAGCAGCUUCCGCGAGCUGGCGCUGUUCGUCAUGGCCCUGCGCGUCGAGCGCGUCGUGCCGACGGUCAAUGUCGGGAGCGAGGCGAGUCGGAGGCGCAUGAGGGGGUGGAUUGAAAGGUGGGUGGGGGAGAGGCGGAGGGGGGGGUUGGUUAGGGUUUUGGAUGGGGGGGAGGGGGGUGAGGGUGGGAAGGGAGGUGAGGGUGGGAAGGGGGCGUUGUGGGAGGGGAAGGAUGGGCGCGGUGGGGGGGCUUAUUGGUAG